AUGGCAGAACUCCUCGAGCGAAGCUCGAGGUUGCCGCCGGAGGCAUGGCUGCCAUCACAGAGAAUGAUCAGAUCAGUUACUAACAGGCUUUUCAGAAAUGGAUACUGUACACAAUCACCCGAUUGUCUCUAUCUUCAUAUUGAUCCACAGAGCAAGAUCCCGCCAUGUCCUAAUUACGACCGUGGUUUCUGUAGACUGGGUCCCGAGUGUCCUCGAAGGCACGUUACCAGGGUUUUCUGUCCUAAAUACCUGACAGGAUUCUGUCCCGAAGGUCCUACUUGUAGUAUGGGCCAUCCACGAUUUGUGGGUAUUACGGACGACAUGCGGAUUGCUAAAGAAUACGACCCACUGCCGAGCUGGAAACGGCAGUGA